AAUCACGAAGAAACGUCAACGUAAUCUGCAAUCAUAGUUGACAUACAAGUUCAGAGUCGUCUGCUUGUGCAUGUAAUGCUGUAGUUAACCUUAAUAAUUCGUUGUAUACGUUAAGAUCAGGUAUUAAAUCAUCGUGUAAAAAACAACGCUACAAUGGACGACAAAUCUGAACGUUUAAAAACGAAUGAAGAAAUUAUAGAAGAACUUACGAAAGAUCUAGAAAGUUCUUGUAUCAAAGAAAAUGAUAAUUAUACUACAUCAAAGGACGAUAUCCAAAAAUCGAAAAAUGGUAAUUUGUCGAAUGAUUGCAAUGAACGUAUAAAACGAAAUAGUGAUGAUGAUAAUUGGGAAACAAAGUGUAAAGGGGAUGCAAAUCAUGAAAAAGAUAAUAUGGAUGAAGAAAUAUUAAAAGAAAGAGAACAAAAUCUUUCUGAAGAAGAAAAAGAAAGUCUUAAAGCAGAAGCAGAAAAAUAUAAAAAUGAAGGAAAUGAUUUAUUUAAACGCGAAGAAUACCUUGAGGCAAUAUCUGUUUACACGCAAGCAAUUCAAACUUGUCCAUUAGCCUAUAGUAAAGAGAGAUCCAUUUUGUAUGCCAACAGAGCUGCUGCAAAGUUAAAAUGUUUGGAUAGAGAAUCUGCAAUAUCCGAUUGCACAAAAGCUAUAGAAUUAAAUCCAAGUUAUGUGAAAGUAUAUGCUAGAAGGGCUCGACUAUAUGAAGAGACAGAGAAAUUAGACGAAGCUUUGGAAGAUUACAAAAAGAUUUUAACUUUUGAUCCUGGUCAUACAGACGCAAAUUAUGCAGUUCGAAGAUUACCUCCGUUGAUUCACGAAAGAAAUGAAAAAUUGAAAGCUGAAAUGUUGGGAAAACUGAAAGAUUUAGGAAAUAUGGUAUUGAAACCUUUUGGACUUUCCACGAAUAAUUUUGAACUACAAAAGGAUCCAAAUAGCGGUGGUUAUUCCGUGAAGUUUCAUCAGAAUCCUAGAUAAUACAGUAAUUGAUAUAUAUAUUAAACGUCAUAAGAAUGGAUUCUGAAAACAUGUCGCGGAAUAUUGAUACAUACAUACCUAUGUAAAUUCUGCUUGAAUGGUGUGUGCUUGUUGUAAUAAAAAUAUAAACAUUAUAAUAGAUAUUUAGAUGAAGAUAUUGAAA